AUGCAGGAGGAGAAGCUUUUAAAGAAAAAUACUGAAGUAUUUGGGAGAUUAUUGAGAUUAGGAGGAUAGAGAGUUUAAAAUGUUUUAGUUGGAUAUAUUUCUAAUAUUAUUGAAUCAUUAUUCUUAACUUCUACAAAGGACAAUUAAAAAUAUGCAAGUCUACUUGUCCUUAAAGAGCUACUAGAAUAGUCUCCUUUUAUAACAUUUAAGAUUAUUGCUAAUACGGAGAACUUUCGUUCAAAAAUAUGGUCCCACAUUAAAUCGAAAAAUAUUCUUGUAAGAGAGGCAGCUUUAAGCUUUUUUGAUCAAUACAUGUAGCAUAUAAGUCUUAAAGAAUAGGAAGUUCAAGAAAAAGAAUAUAGUGCUUAUUAUACAGACAUAGAGAGCUACUUAAAGUAAAAGGAAGAAGAAAUGAUCAUAGGAAAUAUUGCAGUUUUAAAAAUCAUAUUUAGUUAUCCUAGUUAAGAGUAGUUUACUGAUACGUAAUACUCUAACAUGUGCAAGUAUGUUCUUUCAAAAAAAGAGCAUACUUACUAGUCUAUUUAAAAAAUAGUUAUAGAUACAUUGCCUAUUCUCUCUAAGUUUAAAAGAUAACAUUUCUGUGAAAAUUUCUUAUGUGAAACAAUAGAUCAUAUCCGUAAUUUAAUUGGCUCCAAUAAAUUCAAAUCGCCUUCAUAGGAUUUAUUAAUUAGCUAUUAUGAUACACUUGAUAAAAUAUGCUCUUCACUGGAUAUUAGCAUUAUAAAAAAAAUACCUGAUGAUAAAAAAAAAUUAAUAUUUGAUGAAAUUAAAAGAGUUUGUAAAACAAUUUAAAAAGAUUUAUAAGAUAAAAAGGAAUAUAUUCCUAGUCGAGUAACCUGCCUUUAAAAUAUUGUGAAGGUUUUUUCAACAAGAUAUUCUGAAUUAAUUGAUGAAGAAAAUUUAAUUGAUGACCUCAUAUUUAAUGGUCUGUAUCCACAAACAGUAGAAUUUUUAGAAAAUAUUUAAAGUUACAAAAUGGAUGAGAUAAAAGAAAAUACAUCUGUUUCUGAAGAAAAUCGUAAAAAAGAAAAAAAAGAAUUCUCUACUUUCAUAUAAUACAGGCUUUUGCUUUACAUAAUUACAACUUUGCAGAAAUAAAGAAAUGUUACUCCUUUGACUCUUCCACCUGUCAAUGAUUCUUAAAAAAAAUUUUAAUUAAAACUUCGUUAAUAUGAAGACAGGAUUAAAGGAGACAAAGAGAUAUCUAAUGCUAUCUAAACUCUUUCUACAUUUAAAUUUAAAACCUAUGAGAAAGAAUUGACAAACUUUUUAAAAGACAAUGUUUUAGAUUAUCUUGAUAAUAAAAAUAAAAUUAUUCGUAAGGCUGCUGCUAAAGCAGGCUGCCUUCUUUGUGUUAAAAAGGGUAAAGAUAACUUAAUAUCAAAAUCAGUGAUGUACAAAAUACUAGAAAAGUUUAUGAGUGUAGCUGUUUCAGAUGCCGAAGAUGAAAUUCGCUAGACUAUGUUGAAAAGUCUAAAUGAAAAUUUUGAUUAAUAUUUAAUAGAGCCAAUAUACCUCAAGAAAUUAUUCUUUUGUGUAAAUGAUAGCAACCUAGAGGUACAACAGCUAGCUUUAACUACUCUAUGCAGACUUUCUAAGUACAAUCCAUCAGAUAUAGUUCCCUUUUUAAAGAAAACUUUAUAUGAAUAUAUUUCAUAGCUUUCUUACAAUAAAAAACGAUUUGAAAAUGAAAAGAAGAUUAUAAAUCUCUUAAAAGGGUUAGUGUGCUUAAUUAAGAAUGAUACAGAAGUAGUCAAACCUCAUUCAAUGACAAUAGCAACUAUUCUUUUAAAAUUUUUAAAAGAUUCAACAAUCACAAACAAUAUGAUUCCUGAGUUACUCAAAGCCUUCAGUUAGCUUAGUGCUUUAGGAGAUUUUCAAAACCUUAUUGAUAUGGAUGAGAUUUUCCCAAUAUUUUUGUCAGCAAUGUAAGACAAAUCUUCAACCUUCAAGAGGGAAUCAGCAGUUAAAUCUCUAGUAGAAAUAUUAAAAAAUACAGGAUUUGUAGUGCUUCCAUAUUACAAGUAUCCUAACUUCCUUGAAAUUGUAUUUUCUUUAAUGAAAAAUGAGGUUAACACAGAAAUGAGGUACUAGUGUAUGAGACUAAUUGGUUGUGUAGGAGCCAUAGACCACUUCUUUUACAAAAAAGUUAUUGAUAAAAUUAAGAACCAUUCAAUAACAUCAUCGUUCGCAGACAAUAGAAUUCUUGUGAAUUAUAUUGUUACCAAAUCUUUCAGGAAAAGGUUCAAAUUUAUGAAAAAGCUCAUUAAAUAUCAACAAACAAAUCAAUCAUCAGAACUUCCCUUUCAACUCCAUAAAUAUUAUGAAGAUGUUAUACUACUCUUUGAAAAUUUCAAAUAAAAAAAAAUGCUUUUAAAUCUAGCAUCUAUAAAAAAGAGCCUAAAUAAUCAGCCUAAUAAAUUUGAUCCACUGCAAAUUUAUGGUUCAUCAGCUUUCUUAUAAUUAUAAUAAAUGUUGGAUUAAUAGUAAGCAAUAUCAAUUGAAAACGAGAUUUUGAAUGAUGAGACGAGAAAUACAGAAAGAAUUCACUUAACUUAAGAAUCCGACGAUGAAAUAAGGGAAAUGCUAUAAGCUCCUACUGUUAUUUAGCUUAACGACUAAGAUUAUUAUACAAGAACAACCAUUAAAGCAGUAUUAAAAAUUUUAUAUGAUUAAUCCUUAAAUGAGCAUCAUGAAUUAGCUAUAAAAACCUUAAAUUGCAUAGUGAAUUUAUUAAAAAGUAGGACAAAGAAUUUCUUAGAUUUGCUGAUUCCAGUUUUAUGCAAAGUUUUAGAAUAAGAUAAUAUAAGAGAAGAUAUUCUUAACAUCAUUUUAGUUAUUAUUGAAAAUUGUGGAGUUUAUUAUAAGCAGAAUUACUUAGAUUAACUAUUAAAUAUGUUCUUAGAAUAUAGUUAGGAUAUAAGGUACUCCUUAAUAUGCCUUAAAAUAUUAAAGGUUGUAGUUAGUUUCCACAAAAGAAAUAUUUAUUAUAAAAUAGAACCUAUUGUAUAAAAAGUAAAUAAUCUAAUCAAAAAAGCUCACGUAGAUGAAGAAUUUACGUUGAGAGUUAUUUAAAUUUAUAAAAAUUUAGCAGAAUAUCUGAAUCCUCAUCUUCAUUUAAUCAUACCUUUUUUGUGUCAGCUAAUAACUUAAAAUGCCUAACUUGUAAAUAUGCAAGUAAAGACCGAAAUUAUUCAACUUUUCUAAUAUCUUUGCUUUUAUUGCUCUUCUUCAAUCCAGUAUAUAUCGCUAAUAGUUGAUUCUAUCCUUUAAAAUAUAUAAACAAAUAAAUUCUAGCCAUUGAUGACUAAUUCAAUUAUGGAUACUAUUGUAGUUUUUAUUUAUAAAUAUAGAAACGAUUUUCAAGCCUAUCUUCCCAAAAUAAACUAAACAGUGAAAUCUUAAAAUAUCCACCACAAUAUUUACUCAAAAUGUAUUGAAAUUUUCUUAAAUUAUGGAAAUUUAGUUGAUGUUUCCUCUCAAAUUGAAAGCGAUAUUGCUCUCUUGGAGUGUAAAAGAAUUUAAGAGUAGCCAUAUACUUUAGAACCAUAGGAUUCCUUGACUAGACCAAUUAAAACAGAUAAAAUUCUUAAACUUUUUGAUACUCAUAGUAAUUAAUCAAAAGAGGAUUGGAUACAGUGGAUGAGAAAAUCUUCUAUAGAAAUGCUCAAAGAAUCCCCUAAUUUAAUCUUGUCUGCCUGUCAUCAAUUAGCUGAAGUCUACUAAGAGCUUCAAGUAGAGUUAAAUAAUAUAUCUUUCUCUUCUGUGUGGGCUGAACUAAAAUAAAAAGAAAAGGAAUAUAUUAUUAAUUAGCUCGACCCUGCUCUUAACUUUUAACAUAGAGAUGGUGACAGGGCUUAAAAAGUACCUUUGAAUCUCUUGCAAUUGUUACUUAAUUUAGCAGAAUUUAUGCAACACGAUAAAGGAGGUUUACCUAUUAAGAGCUCAAAAUUAGCUGAAUUAGCAUAAAGAUGCUCUGCAUACGCUAAGUCUUUGUAUUAUCGAGAAUCAGAGUUUGAAAAGCAAGGAGUGGAAACCUUUGAAACACUUGAAGCAUUAUAUAAAUAACUCGGAUAGAAAGAGUCAGCUUAAGGUUUGGUCUAAUAUAUGCAAAAGUAUACUAAAUACUAAUUCCGUUCAUAAAAUAAUAUAUCUGAUUAAAUUAUGACAAAUUAAACAAUUGAUGGAAACAAUAGCAAAUCUAUUUAAAUAUAAAAGCAAUUGGCUAAUUUAAAACUAUCUGAUUUAGCUCACUUUAAGAUAAAGGUGUAACAGUUAGAGUAAUAUUUUGAAUGGGAAAAAAUUUUAACCCUCAUGAAAGAGGAAGAAGAUUAUGAAGUUAAAAAGCAAGUAAUGGAUGUCGCUGCUAAAGCUGCAAUGAAUCUAGGUAAAUGGGAAGAAUUAGAAUAGUUUGCUGAGAAUCUCUCUGAUGAAAACACAAACGAUAAAUCCUUUUGGCUUGCAGCUGUUUGUUUGAAAUCAAAGAAUUAUGAAAAAUCAAAAGUGUACAUUCAUGAAUCAAUAUAAAAGCUUGAUAAUAAAGUCAGUGGUCUAGUAUUUGAAAGCUAUAAUAGAGCUUUUGAAAGUAUUCUAAGAUUACAGCAGUUGUUUGAGAUGUAAGAAAUCCUUGAAAUGAAAAUUUACCAAGAAAAAAUAGGUUAAAUGAUGCAAAGAGAGGGAAUGGAUAGGCAUAAAUUAUAAAUAGAGCAAGAACUUAAAAGAUAAAAUUUGAAAGAUAUAUGGGCAGAUAGAUUAAGAGGUAAUCCAAAAGAGUUAGAUACAUGGCAAUAAAUUCUUUCUGUGAGAUAGAUUUAUCUUUCUAAAAAAGAAGAUUUGCAAUCAUGGUUAAAAUUCUGUAAAAUUAUUUUGAGAAACAACUAGCUGUAGUAUUGUAGGAGAAUGCUAGAUCAAAUAUUUUAAGAAGAAUAUUAAGAUGAAGAUGAAGCACCUCCAAAUUAUCAUCUGGCCAAUUUCGAAUGCAUGUAUAGAAUCAAUCCCAGUAAUUUCCCAGAAAUAUGUGAAAAAAUGGAAAAUUAUCUCAAAAAUGAGAAAAAAAUAGAAAAAAAAUAAGUUGCUAAAAUGUAUUUGAAAAUGGGUAUCUGGAUGCGUGAAACAGGAGAAGAGUUAGACAAAUAAAAAAUUAAAAAAAUUGAAGAGUAUUUUGAAAAAUCAAAGGAGUUUAAAUCUGAUUAUUACAAAACAUGGCAUCAUUUUGCAUUGUUAAAUUUUGAUGUUUUAGAUAUGAUGGAUGAAAUUGACACAAGAGAAAAAUUAGAUUACAUUUUAAAUGCUCUUGAAGGAUUUAUGAAAAGUAUUUCAAUCGGAACAUCAUCAGAGCAUAAAUCCCCUUACCUCUUUUAAGAUUGUUUAAGACUUUUGUAAAUUAUUUUUGAUUAUGGUGAUUUCGAAGAAGUAGCUCAACUAUUUUUAGAAGAUUUCAAAAAUAUUGAUAGUCGUGCAUGGAUUGAGGUUGUUCCUCAAAUUAUUGCACGUAUUUCAGAUUCAAAAAGUGGAGUAUAAAAAAUUUUACAUGAGUUGUUAAUUCACAUCUCUAAUCAUCACUCAUAAGCCUUAAUUUACCCACUCACUAUAGCUUGUAAGUCUAAAACUCAAAUUAGAUAACAAGCUGCUAAUUAAAUAAUUUCUGAUAUUAAAACACAUUCCCCUGUUCUUGUAAAUGAAGCCAUGCUGAUAUCUAAUGAGCUCAAUCGUGCAGCUAUAUUAUUAAAAGAGUAAUGGCACGAAGGUAUUUAUAAUUCUAUGGAGUCUUUUGAGCGCUUUUAGAGUGAAAAAUCUACUUCUUCAGAUCUUAUAAAAAAUGUAAUGGAGCUACAUGAAACAAUGACUUUGCAACCAGAGUCACUUAGUGAAAUAUCAUUUCACCAAAAUUUUGGAGGAAUUAUCAAUGAGGCAGAAGCUUGGAUUUAGCGUUUUAGUAUAACCGAAAAUCCUAUAUGCAUAUACCAAGCAUUCGAUAUUUAUAGUUAAAUUUAUUAAAAGUUAAAGCCACAAAUAAAGAAGUUAGAAUUCGUUUACCUUGAAAAUGUAUCUCCUAAGUUGAUAGAGACAAAAAAUUGUGAAAUAUCUAUUCCAGGAAUGUACAAACCUUCAAGACCAGUCAUUAAAAUCACAUGCUUUUAGCCAAAACUUGAAGUUCUUCCAUCAAAAACUCAUCCCAGAAAAAUAUGUAUUUACGGAUCAGAUUCUAAAGAGUAUUUCUUUUUAUUGAAGGGUCAUGAAGAUAUUCGUCAAGAUGAAAGAGUUAUGUAGCUAUUUGGGCUGAUAAAUAGACUUUUGUAAAAUAAUACAGAGACAUAAAAAAAAGGAUUAUCUAUUACGAGAUAUUCUAUUAUUCCGCUUUCCAUGAAAACAGGUUUACUAGGGUGGGUUUAAAAUUGUGACACUCUUUAAAUUUUAAUAAGAGAUUAUAGAAAAGCUUUUAACAUAAAAUAUGGUGCUGAGCUAACUCUUAUGAAUGAUUUUAACAUAUAUAAUUUCUAUGAUAGCAGUUUCAAUGAUUAUAAUAAGCUUCCAUUACUAAAUAAGGUCGAAAUAUUUAGAUAUAUAAUGUAAAAUACUCUAGGUGAGGAUUUAAAGAAACUUCUAUGGCUUAAAAGCCCUAAUUCAGAAAUAUGGUUAGAAAGAAGAACAAAUUAUACUCGCUCAUUGGCUACUAUGUCCAUAGCAGGAUAUAUAUUAGGCUUGGGAGAUCGUCAUUUAUCUAAUAUUAUGCUCUAAAGAUAAACAGGUAAAAUUGUGCAUAUUGACUUUGGUGAUUGCUUCGAAGUAGCUAUGAGAAGAGAAUCUUUACCUGAGAAAGUGCCAUUUAGAUUAACAAGAAUGCUAGUUAAUGCUAUGGAAGCGUGUGGAAUAGAAGGAAAUUAUAGAAAUACAUGCGAACUUGUAGUAAAGGUAAUUAGAGAAAACAAAGAAAGUUUGAUUGCUGUCUUAGAAGCAUUUGUCUAUGAUCCUCUAUUCUAUUGGAUAGUGUUUACAAUGUCAGGAGAUCUUGAUAGUAUGAAAUCACCACAGGAAGCUAAAAAUGGAAUCUCAAGGAGAAAUUCUUAAAUAAUUAGCAAUAACUCUGGAAAUAUAAACAGCUUCGAUUAUAAAGAGUUUGAAACGGAACAAAACGAAGACAUUAAUAAAUUAAGAUUACAAAAAGAAGAAAUGAAAAAAGCUGGAGACAAAGAUAAACUUUAAUAACCUUAAGAUUUAUUCAACAAAAAAGCAGUUGAAAUUAUGGAUAGAAUAAAGAAAAAAUUGAAUGGAAGAGAUUUUAAAGAAAAUGAAUAGCUUAGCUAUGUUGAUCAAGUAAAUAAAUUAAUUCUGUAAGCAACUUCAGACGAAAACAUUUGCUAAGCUUAUAUUGGGUGGGGUCCAUUUUGGUGA